UCCCCAUUUAGUCAAUCAGUUAGUCAGUAUAUCCUCUCUCUACAUUUUCUUGACCAAAGAAAUAUGGCUCUCCCCAUAGUUUCCUGCUUAUUCUUUCUUCUUAUGAUCUCCUCUGCAACAGCUUGCGAUCGCUGUGUCCACCAAUCAAAGGUUGCUUACUUUUCCAAGGCUUCUGCCCUUCAGUCUGGUGCUUGUGGUUAUGGCUCCUCAGCUGUAGGCUUUAAUGGGGGUCGCCUUGCAGCAGCAGUUCCUAGUCUCUACAAAGAGGGAGCUCGUUGUGGUGCUUGUUUUCAGAUAAGAUGCAAGAAUUCAAAACUUUGUUCAAAAGAAGGCACAAGUGUGACUGUAACUGAUCAGAAUACCAACAACCAAACAGAUUUUGUAGUCAGUAGCAGAGCUUUCAGCGCCAUGGCUAAUCAAGGCAAAGCUCAAGACCUUCUCAAACUCGGUAUCGUCGAUGUUGAGUACAAAAGGGUGCCUUGUGAUUUCAAAAACAAGAAUUUGGCUAUUCGGGUGGAACAAUCAAGCAAAAGGCCAAAUUAUCUAUCAAUCACCUUCUUGUAUCAAGGGGGUCAAACUGAAAUCGUUGGUAUUGAUGUAGCUCAGGUUGGAUCAUCUAACUGGAGUUUCAUGAGCCGAAAUGAGGGAGCAGUUUGGGACACAAGCAGAGUACCGAAGGGAGCAUUACAAUUUAGGUUGGUGGUGACAGCCGGGUUUGACGGCAAGUGGUAUUGGGCUAAGGCAGUACUACCGGCUAAUUGGAGGAAUGGGGUGAUCUAUGACACACGACUUCAGAUCACUGACAUUGCUCAAGAGGGUUGUUCUCCUUGUGAUGAUGGAACCUGNCUGUGA